AUGGCUAUCGCCCACGUGGCCACCGAGUACGUAUUCGGCGAUUUCCUGUUGAAGGAUCCCAACCAGACCCGAUACCGGAAUAUACGCACGGAGCUGGCGGUGGACAAGAUGGUGACCUGUGUGGCGGUGGGCCUCCCUCUCCUUCUCAUCUCGCUCGCCUUUGCGCAGGAAGUCUCCGUCGGAACUCAGAUCAGCUGCUUCGCUCCCAGCAACUUCUCGUGGCGACAGGCGGCUUACGUGGAUUCGUACUGUUGGGCGUCAGUACACACGCACACCUUGCCUCUGUGGCUGCACAAGUUCUUUCCAUACAUCCUACUGCUGGUGGCCAUGUUGACAUACAGCCCGGCUCUGUUUUGGAGGUUCUGGUCUGCUCCGCUGCUGCAAUCAGACCUGGCGUUCAUCAUGGAGGAGCUGGACCGCUGCUACAACCGGGCUGUCACGCUGGCUAAGCGAAUGACCACCACCGGGUUGCAGGGCGCCGAAAGUGACCUGACGGAGGGCUGCUUCAACUACCCGCUAGUGGAGAAGUUCCUGACCACCAAGCGUAGCUGUCGCACCCUGCUAGCUCGCUACCUGCUGUGCCGAGGUUUGACGCUAGCCACGCUGCUGUGCGCCUGCCUCUACCUGGGCUACUACCUGCGCCUGGCUUCGCUCACCGACGACUUCGGCUGCACGCUAAGAGUCGGGCUGCUGGCCAACGACUCGGCCGUGCCCUACAAGGUGCAGUGCAAACUCAUCGCCGUGGGAGUCUUCACGCUGCUCAGCCUGGUCAACUUGAUCAUCUUCUCGGCGUUGAUCCCCGUGGUGAUCUACGCCAGUCUCCGCCCCCUCCUGUGUCAGCGCUACGCACGCUUCCUGGAAACCUACCAAUUGCUGCCCACUGUCAGCGUCCUGCCCGCGUCCAGCGGCCAAUGGGACGACCUCUCGCUUUAUCUGCUCUUUCUGGAGGAGAACAUCAGCGAACUCAAGUCCUACAAGUACAUCAAGGUUUUGGAGCUGCUAAAAAAAGGAGGGGAAUCCUCAGGUGAGGAGUUUGACGCCAUGGGGCUGCUGCAGACGCUGUGUCUGGUCAAGAUGGACACGGUGGACGCCAAGAAAGUGGCGCAAGUCGCCGCCAAACCCGAUCAGCUUGUCGUGCAAGAGGAAGAGGCGGCCAAGCACCGCAAACAGCAAGAUGACGGCAGGAGCGGAACGGAGAUGAAGGAGUUGACUCCCUUGUUGCCGGGCAACGGAGACGUGACUGGCGGUAGAACAAACAUUGAGGGCGGAGCUCUGCGGCAGCGAGCGAUGUGA